ACCUACCCCUUUCACUGCGGCUCAAAAGCAGAGCGGACUGACCCGCUUCUGAUCUAAAUCACUGCUAGCACUCAUUGUGAGAUACAGCAACCACUUCUGUAGGCUUUCUGAAACUGCCUAGACCUUUGCAAAUGCAAGCAAUUAAAUGUGUGGUGGUCGGGGACGGGGCUGUGGGAAAGACCUGUUUGCUAAUCAGCUACACCACCAAUGCCUUCCCCGGAGAGUACAUACCCACUGUCUUUGACAACUACUCUGCAAAUGUGAUGGUCGAUGGGAAACCAGUGAAUCUGGGUCUAUGGGAUACAGCAGGACAGGAAGACUACGACAGACUCCGACCACUGUCCUAUCCACAGACGGAUGUGUUCUUGAUAUGCUUCUCCCUGGUCAGCCCCGCCUCCUUUGAGAACGUCCGAGCUAAGUGGUACCCAGAGGUGAGACACCACUGCCCCAACACCCCCAUCAUCCUGGUGGGCACUAAACUGGAUCUGAGAGAUGACAAGGACACCACGGAGAGGCUGAGGGACAAGAAGCUGUCCCCCAUCACCUACCCCCAGGGCCUGGCCAUGGCACGGGAGAUAGGUCAGUGCUGUGAAGUACCUGGAGUGCUCGGCCCUGACCCAGCGAGGGUUGAAGACGGUAUUUGACGAGGCCAUCCGUGCUGUGCUGUGCCCCCCACCCGUCAAGAAGAGGGGAAAGAGGUGCACAGUGUUCUGAGGGCUCUUAUUGUUCCAGGAUCAACUUCCAACAUAGUGUCCAUCGUCAUGACGAUACAUCUGGUACACUAUAACAUCACCAUAACAAUCACUACUUCUCUUCGGGACAAGUCCUAACUUGAAACACCACGUAACGGCAAUUUAACUGACGUUUGUGUAAAUAAUGGAUUCAUGUCAAUGGAAUAUUUGAUCUCAAGUUAGGAUUGGCCCCAAGAGAAAUAAAUACUGGAUUUUUUUUUACAAUAGGAAAACCUUUUGAUCAGGUGUAAAGAUGUGUCGUCAAGUUGCCAUUUGUUUGUUUUACACAAAGGAAAGCACUUGAGGUGUGUGUCUACUCUCACUCAUACAACCCUGCUCCCUCUCAGUCCUGUUAGCUUGAGUUGAUACAGCACUCAAAACAGUCUGUACUGUGAAUCUGUCGCUCUGGGUUGAAGUUGCCCUUAGGUACAGAUUUAGGAUCAACGUUCCCGCCUCAAGUCCUAAACUUGACCAUUACGGGGAAAAAACACAUGACCUUAGAUCAGUGAUUAGGGGCAAUUUCACCCUACUCUGUGAAGUGAAUAAUGUGACAAACAGACAAGAAUGACAUGGGAGCUGUACAACCUGGCUACCUGAGGAAUGCCUCUGAUUGAGGUGCUUGCAUUGGUUUAAACAAUAUGUCUUCAUUUUCCAAUUAUUUUAAUCUACCCAUGCAUGUCACUGUAUGUGUGAGAGAGUAAAAUGUCAAGCAGUGUCACGUUUCUGAUACUUUUACUGCAUUGUAGUGAUAGACAAGCUACAAGCUACAAACUGUUGAUUCAACAAAAGGGAAAUGGAUGAUCACAACCGUGGUCUGUUUUAUGUGUUACACAAACUAAGUCUAGUGAUAAUGUACAAAAUAAUAUUUAGAGGAGGAAUGCAUUAUGGAUAUAUCUAUUUAUUAUGGACCUGAAUAUUUAGCUCUUUAAUUCCAGAAGAAAAGGAUAAUACUAACCAGGUUUCCAUCCAACCUUUUUAGUGGAAACACUUUCACGUGCAAAUAUUGAUAUAUUAACUGUCAUAUGGAAUAUGCGCACUGCAUCUGCGAACUGUUGGCUUGAGCGCACAUGCCCAUACCAGAGUAGGCACAUUUGCUAUUCAUUUUUUUUUUUUUUUUUUGAGUUGAAUGCAAUGGACUUGUAUUCAUUUUAUUUGGUACAUGGGAAUUUAACCGCUAAAGUAAUUUUUGUGACCUACGUCAUCACACACAGACUUUUAUCUACAAGUCAAUUUGAUUGAACCAUAUCUCUGGUGGGAAACUGCGCAUUUAAAAAAAAGUGUGGGGCAGGGAUUUUAGAAUGUGUGCAUAAAAAUCUGCCGCCAAUUGGAUGGAAACCUAGCUAGUAACUCACUUUUAAUCUAGAGAUCUCAUAUCGCAAAACAAUGUAAUUAAUUAACAAGUGCGUUUCUGUGGUUGUUGUAGACCUGCAGUAUAACUGUUUCUUCCCCUCUAGUGGUGAGAUAAAGGAAUGCAUUCUUCUCUGUCAUCAAAUAAAAUAAAAUUGUAUUUGUCACAUGCGCU